CUGCUGCUGCUUCUGUUUCUUGAUCACCACCCUCUUCUAGGCUUCUACGAUUACGUUCCUCUGUUUCCCUUACAAUUCAGCUUUGCUUGCUGAAUUACUCGGACGGAAAAGGACGGCGUUUGUCCAGUAAGGUGGCGGUGGCUCUUGUCGACUGUCCAUUAAGAUCUCUCAGAAAGCCCAUCCCCUUUUCCUGACACCUCAACCAAGCAUCCGAAAUCAAUAAAACAGAAAGGUGUACCCACUGCUGACCGCUCUCCCAUUUCUCUGCUUCUCUCUUGUCGCUCAGAUAUUUCUUCGCUUGCCUCCGAUGAAUUGCGUCAACUAUCUUCCCAGAUCCUCUCCUCUGCCCCAGUGGAGCUCCCAUUGCUGGCAGAGGAAGCCUUCAAUGCCGUCCUUCUCAAAUCUCGACAUGACGUUAUCUCAUCGGCCACACCGUGGAUUUUCCUUGAAGGCAAUAUCUGGAUCAACACCUAGUGCUGAGAAAAGUGAUGCAGAUGUGAAGGGUAAAGAAGGAAAAUCUGAUGUUUACAGUCACACCAUGACAGAAGCGAUGGGUGCUGUUUUAACUUACAGGCAUGAGCUAGGAAUGAAUUACAAUUUCAUCCGGCCAGACUUGAUCUGUGGAUCAUGCCUUCAGACACCUGCAGAUGUUGAUAAGCUUCGGGAAAUUGGAGUUAAAACGAUAUUUUGCUUGCAACAGGAUCCAGACUUGCAAUACUUUGGGGUAGAUAUUGGUGCCAUUCAGCAGUAUGCUAAGUCAUUUGAAGAUAUACAACAUUUGCGUGCAGAGAUAAGGGACUUCGAUGCAUUUGACUUGAGGAUACGGCUUCCUGCGGUAAUCAGCACAUUGUACAAGGCUAUAAACCAGAAUGGUGGUGUGACCUAUGUUCACUGCACUGCUGGGAUGGGAAGAGCUCCUGGUGUGGUGAUUGCGUACAUGUUUUGGGUUCAAGGCUACAAACUUAAGGAAGCUCAUGAUCUACUUCUCAGCAAACGGUCUUGCUUCCCGAAGUUGGAGGCUAUCAAGAGUGCCACCGCUGACAUACUUGCAGGAUUUAGGAAGAAGCCUGUGACUUUAUCAUGGAAAGAUGACAAUUUGUCUUCUGUGGAAAUUUCUGGACUUGAUAUUGGUUGGGGUCAGAGAAUUCCUUUGACACUUGAUGCUGAGCAAGGCAAGUGGAUUCUUGAAAGGGAAAUGUUGGAGGGACGGUAUGAGUACAAGUACAUCGUCAAUGGUGAAUGGACAAUCAACAAAAAUGAACUAGUUACUUCUGCCAACAAAGAUGGCCAUGUGAACAACUAUGUCGAGGUGAUCGAUGAUACGGAUGCUGAUAGAGCUGAACUACGAAAGAGGGUGAUGAGUGACGAUCCCUACCUGACGAGGGCAGAGCGGUCUAAAAUAAGGCAGUUUCUGGAAUCACAACCUGAGGAAGGAGAGAACUGAGCAAACAACUACCUUUUGUUCAUGUAAGGAUAGAAAUAUACUCUUAAUACCCAAUGAAACUCCCUGGAGCUAUUGUUUUAAGAUAGGUAAGCAGUAAUAAAUCUGUUCUUUAAUACAAGCCCCCACAAACAGACGGCUCAGCUCCAGUAAAUAAAAGAACUGGUGGAAGCUUCCACAAUUGUCCUGUCCAGCUGCUACUAAAUCAACAUAAAUAAAAACAUGCUCCAACAGAUUUCUCUCUUUGAAGAAGGCAGAGGUUGUACUCUGUACCAAUGAACUGAAGCUUUUGAUGUCUUUUAAUUUUGUAGCUUAUAGUCUAACUAAGCUGUUUUCUGCAAUUGAAGGAAGUGUACUAAUGGUAAAGAUUUAUGUGUCUACUUUUGGUUUCAGUUUUGAUACAGAAUGC